AAAGGGGGAAAGCGCUGGUAGCUGGUAUGCGUUAGCUGAGAAUGGCCGAGCCCCAGCACGGGGGGGUGCACAAGGGGCUUGGAGGUGACAGAUGCUCCUGCACACUGCCCGGGGGCGGUGGGGAAACUUGACUAUGUGUUUGCUUUAGUGGCCAGCCCCCAGGAGGGGUGGGUAGGGCUAGACCCAUGGCGCUGCUGGGGUCUAGUCUCCGCUAAAUUCCCUAAUCCGUUACUUGUGCAUUCAUCCUAGCCCAUGGGUUCGUGCCUGUCCCUGGUUUUCAUCGGGGGGAAUGUAGGGCGAGGCCCCCCGCGGGCCCGGGCGGGCGAGAGAGGCAGCCCCAGCCUGGCACUGGCCCAGGCUCUCCGGCAGUGCCGCGGGCAGGGGGCGGAGGGGCAGGCGGGGCUGGGUUUUGGUCUCCACGUGACUCCGCGAAGUUUCGCUGCGAGUUUGACAGAAGUUUGAAUCGCGGGUUCGUCCAGCGGCCAGGGCGGAGCGCAGACGGCAGCAGCCGCAGCAGCCGCCGGCGGCGGCCCCGGAGCAGCGCCCCCCGGACAGCCCCCUCCGCGCCUGGGCUGCUCCCCAGCCCUGCUCCCCGCAGCCCAGCGCCCGGCAAGGGUGCGCUCCGCCCGGCGCCGCACGCAGCGGCCAGCCCUGCCCGCAGCCUGGACAUGUCCGAGCCCACCGCCGCGGCCGGCCACAAGGAGCCCGGGCAGCAGGGCCGGCGGCUCUUCGGGCUGCGCUGGGGCCGCCUGGAGGAGCCCCUGGGCUUCGUUAAGGUGCUGCAGUGGCUCUUUGCCAUUUUUGCCUUCGGCUCCUGUGGCUCUUUCAGUGGGGAGACAGGGGCUACCGUAAAAUGCAAUGAUGACCUGAAAGAGAUGACCGCCAUCUCUGUCCAGUUCGGAUACCCUUUCAGGUUAUCCAGGAUUCCCUUUGAGAUGCCUGUCUGCGACGGCAAUGCCACUAAAAGGACUUUGCAUCUCAUGGGGGACUUCUCGGCCCCCUCCGAGUUCUUCGUGACCCUGGGAGUCUUCUCCUUCCUCUACAGCAUGGCAGCCCUGGUGAUCUACCUGCGAUUUCACUCCCUUUACACAGAGAACAAGAGGCUUCCCUUUGCGGAUUUCUGCGUGAGCGUCUCCUUCACCUUCUUCUGGCUGGUGGCGGCUGCAGCCUGGGGCAAAGGCCUAUCAGACGUGAAGGGGGCCACACGGCCAUCCAGUCUCAUCGCCGCCAUGUCCGUGUGCCAUCUCAAACAGGCCGUGUGCAACGCUGGGGCCACGCCGGCCAUGGGGCUGGCCAACAUCUCCGUGCUCUUUGGCUUUAUCAAUUUUAUCCUGUGGGCUGGAAACUGCUGGUUUGUGUUUAAAGAGACCUCAUGGCACGUGCAGGCCACUAACAAGGAGAACUCUGCUGAACAGGGAGCCAUCGACAAGCAAUAAAGACCCUCUCUGCCCGCCCGCCCCCCCCCCCCCCCAAGACCUCCUCCAACCCUGGACAGCCGGUACCUUGUCACAUACACGCCUUCGUCCCAGUGCUGUGGGACCGUGGCCUGUGCAAGCUCCAUCGUCGUGUUGGCAUCCCUCCUGAGCAUUCUGGGAUGCCCACCUUUGAGUGACUGGCAGGCGGGAGUCCUCGCUCGGUCCCAGGUAUACGUAACUUGUUGCAGACUCCGAGGGGCUAUUACACAACUCGUGGUUCUGGUAGCAGGGUUUAUUAUUUUUGUUAAUAUGUGUAAUUUAUUUGUUUCUGCGUUCCUGGCCCCCCAGCCUGCGGCUGUGUGGAAUUGCUCUUCACAGCUGCUGUGAUGAGCCUAAACCAAUCAGGAGUUUAGAUGCCACAGGAGGGGGUGCGGAGUCACUUGUGGGUGAGAGUGGAUGCACUGGGGAGACCUAAGACUGGGGCACUACAGGACCACAGAACACCCACUACUGCCCAAGCAUGGAAAGGCAGAGGCUGUGUCAUACCUAUCCCCUACUUGACUAGGAACAAAGGAGACAGACAAGAGGCCGAAAGGGAAGGUGGAGAAUAUGCUGUUUCUUGCUCCUGGGAGGAGAAGGCUGGUAUAUUUCUCCUCUUCCCUUCUGCCUGCAGCAUUGUGUCUCCUGGAGGAAGCUGAUGGUGGGUUUUCAGAUGUUCUUGAACUCCAGUUUGGCUCAGAGGGAGACCAUGCAUUAGGCCAGAUAAUCUAGUGUAGCAGCAGCUUGAUAGAGGGGGUGUGAUCCUGCCCUUGCCAGACAGUGCUCUAGGAGGGCUUUCCCAUCUCGGAUCUCACCCAGGGGCAGCACGGGGGGUAGGAGGUUCCUUACUCAGAUCUCCAGCUUGUUCCACUUCCCGAGGCAGCCCUUUUAGCAGCUCUUGGUGCUUGUCCCCUCCCUGUCCUACAGCUGAGGAGCAGCCCCAGAUUCCUCUGAAACCUCCUUAUAAAACUUCUGAGUGUGCGUGAGUGUCUGCUCCAAUGGCUCCCUAUGGGGCAGCAGCAGGUGACUGACCCUCUCUGGUGCCCUGAGCCAGAGAGCUUUGCUUGGCUUCUAGGAGCCUUUUCUCGUAGCCGGAGGAUCCGCUGGCCUAGUUCAUGACCCUAGACCCCAGGCGGAAGGACCCAGAGCUGUGCUGUGCUGACAUGGGCACAAGCGGAAGGGAAGCUUUGAACAAACCGAGUGUUUAGAUCAUGAUGAGUGUCCAUGUCUGCAGUAGUAAUACCGUCCCCUUACCCCACUGGCACUACGCUAGCCGCUCCUACUAGUCCUGUCCCUGGAGCCCAGCAACACCGAUUGGUCACGCAACCCCUGAGCAGUCCUGUCAUCCCACCGGCCGCUGGGGCACGAGGCAGCUGGCCCCAAGCCUGUUGGCAUUGUAACAGCUGACCCCACAAGGGGCUCUGUGCUCCCGGAGCCGCAGGACAGAAUGGUAGCUUAGCAUCCCUGGUCCCAAAGACAGCCCUGCUUUGUUCACGGAGAAGGGGCUUGUUCAGCAGCUGCUUUAGUGCGCUGAACUCUGUAAACCCCUCUGAGCUUCAGGGCAUUGCUCUGCUGUGAAGGGGUUGCUGCCUUUCCUAGAAACAGGCGAGAGCUUUGGUUCAAGGGCCUGGGGAAUCCAGGCUCCACGCUGACUCUUCGGGUCUUACUCUCUCCCUUUCCUCUCCCUGCCCUCCACGAUGGGGGUGCCUCCUUUCUGCUAAAGGAGAGACGGAUAUUAAUGGUGCUUUGUUAGCUGGGGACCGUCUGUUCAGCAAAGACCCAAUUGCUGCAUAUUUUGUACAUUUCCCCUCCACCUCUCGCCCCUCCACGGCAGCCAGGCUCUGGCCAGUUGUAGGGAGCCCUGUGGUGUCUCUGCCCCAGAACCACAGGGGACUGAGUCCCACAGGGCUGUGAUGCCCAGUUCCCUGCAGCACAGCCCCAGUGCUACAUGCUGUGGUCCUCUUACGGUGGCCCUGGGAUGCCCUGCAGGACAAAAGAAUCGACCAAUCUGUUGCUGGAGGGCUUCCCCCUCCCCACCCAGGCUUCCAGUCCAGCCGGCUCUGGGCCGACUUCUCCAGUUCUUGAGUUCCUAGAGGUAUAAACCCUCAUGUUUCUGGGCAUAAGCCACCACUAGCUGCCAAGGGUCAGGAAGAAGCUUCCCUUGUGGCCAGGCUAUUCCAUAAUUGUCCAGUAUGGGUUUUCUUGCACCUUCCUCUUAAGCAGCUGAUGCUGGAGACCAGAUCCCAGACUAGGCGGGCCACUGGUCUGAUGUGGAACGGCAAUUCCUACGCUCCCAUGGUGGUUUUGAGGGUACCAGGACAACCAACCCACCGAACUGCCACCGCUGCAUUUGGUUCCUUCUGCUUUGCCUGCGUCCCUGUUUGCUAAUCUGGGGGGAUAGUCAAAGCCGAUCCCCAGCUGCCAGGCUCCGUUACAGUCAGGAAGUGACGCUGCUUUACGCUAGCUGAGGGUCUGGCCUCUUUGUGGAUAAGCCAUCGCAGGGACCUGUGCUGCUCAGAUCUUCCAAGAGUCCAGCGGCCAACUGAGCUGGCCCCCAUCCUUGCCACAGCGGGAGGGUGGAAUGGCCGGGUCUUUAUUUUGCUUAUCUGUGAUUAGUAAUAAUGGCUCCAGAACCUGCGGGGAAGGAGAGGGCACUUCUCUGCAUUUUGUAACCUCCGCCCUCAUGGGGAAGCGGGGGCUGGGAACCGUUUCUACUGUGAGGCGUGCUGUGUUCUGCCUGUAUUUAUUUAUUUGAAAGGGGAGAGAGAAAAUAAUACCUUUCUUUUUGCUUUGGUGCUAAGGUGGCACCUGCCCCUUUGCCCAGCACCAGGAGCAGCUCCUAUGCCAGCCUGCAGCCCUCCCUCAUGAAUACCCCCCCAGCUCAGGCGGUAGGCUCCAGGCCAGGGACUUCUCCUCAUUGGACCCUGCCCCGUGACAGAGAUCCUAGAGGAGGGGGCUCCUGGGGCUAGGCAGAGGGGGAGGGACCAACCUUAGCUGGUGCUGACUUUGUGUUUUCCUGGAGAAUCUCUUGGCUGUGGGUGGAGGCAGGCCUGGUGCCAGCAAAGGGCCCUGAAUGUGUGUGACUCUGCAGGGAGCGGGGGCAGGGGGGAGGCAAUUGCUUUUUAGCCCUUUUGGCCACUGUUAAAGCAACUGAUUGCAGCAGGAGUUGAGAAGGGGGCAGUGGCCCAAUCCCGCGCUCUGCUGUGUGCGCUUGGCACUGCCUGGCUGCUUCGGCCUCCCCAGCCCUGGAUUACAUUGCAUGGUUUUCUGGUGCUUGUUGUUAUGACUGAAUAAAAAGUGCUGCGAGGGUUUGUUACCACAA